GAUUCAAGCUGUUCGUCUGUUUUUAAUUCGGACUGAAUCUAACUGCAUCAGACAGCCACUGAAGAGGGAACGCCACUGUCAGUUUGUAAUGGUGGGACUGGGAGAACUGGUCUGUCCACCCACAUUACAUCUGGAGCGACGGCCGACAGCUGCAGAGCCUCAGUGGGAGAUAAAACCAGCAGAUGGAGCGUCCGCAGGUCUGAGCAGCAUCUCAGCAGGAUGAAACGUUCGCUCGCUCUCUGCUGCUUGCUCCUCCUCUCUCACACCCUGAGCCCAACGAAAGGUUACCUGAUCGUUUCCAUGGAUCCCCUCCCACCUGUCGUCAUCGGCGACACGAUCACGUUAAAGUGCAACUUCCAGACGGAGGGCACCCUGAGAGAGAUCGCGUGGUUCCAGGUAACUGAAGGAGGAAAUGCCAAGCAAAAGAUUUUCACCUACGAUUCUGUUUACAACACGAGUUUCUCCAACAUGGAGGACACAAACAAGCGAGAGGAACUGGUUUACCACUCAACAGUACGGCUCCCUGAGGUGCAGCUGCAGGAUGAUGGUCUGUAUGAAUGCCAUGUGGGGAUCUACAGCAAAGGCUCCAGAGAUCAGCUGAUCGAAGCGUCAGGCAGCGUCACGCUCUCCGUUAUCGUUCCCCCCAGGUCUAUUUCUGUGGCGGCAGCCAACAGCCCCGCUCCGUUCAGCCGUUACGAGGCCAAGAACUUCACCCUGGUUUGCAUCGUUACUGGAGCAAAACCAGCUCCCUCGGUUUACUUCAAACGGGACGGUGAGCUCAUUGACGUGUUUCCAGCAGCUCGGUCUUCUUCCUUGGUGGGACAUCACAGUAAAGCCUCCAAAAGAAACCGGAGCGAGAACCCGGUUCUUCCCAGAGGAGAUGUUGACGACACCAAAAUCCAGAAGUCCCUGUCCCUGCAGAACCAAGUGGGGAAAGUGACCCAGCUUAGAGAGAAUGAGACGGACAGCAUGGAGCGAGGCGUGGAGGAAGCAUCCAGGUUGAAGCUGGAGUCGACCACAGAGGGCAUCCCAGAGACGGUGGUGAGCCGGGAGUUUCCCCACUGGGUCCAGAGCAGCGACCCGCUCUACUACUUCCAGCACUGGCAGCAGGUGGCGGGCGACGGCACCAUGGAGGUCAGAGCCAUGCUGACCUGGAGCCUCAACCCCCAGCUGGAUAACGAAGCCCUGUUCAGCUGCGAGGUCAACCACCCCGCUCUGUCCAUGCCCAUGCAGGCCGAGGUCACGCUCACUGCUCCCAGGGGACCCAAACUGUCCACCAGACCCAGUAAGGCCAAAGUGGGAGACACGGUGCGAAUUUCUGUCCAGGGCUUCCAGCUGGGACCGUCUGCUACCAAGGUGUUCCCGGAGCCUCUGCUCACCUGGACUCGGGUCGGCGGGAACCUGCUGGACGGCAGUGAGAAGCACGAUGGGAGGGAGCUGGUUCUGGAGCGGAUCCCCGCUGAGCUGAACGGAUCCAUGUUCCGCUGCACGGCGCAGAACCCUCUGGGCUCCACCGACACACACACCCGCCUCAUCGUGUUCGAGAACCCAAGACUGAAGAAAGGAAGGGAACAUUUUAUCGCUCUCAACGCGGCGGCCACUCGGCUCUUCCUCACACCGAACCUCCUGGUUCUGCUGAGCGUCGCCUGUGAGCUGACAUGAGCCGAGCGCCGCGGCUCCAGCAGAACCCCAGCCGGUCAGGGAGGCCCGACCCGGAGGCUCAGCGGACUCAGGAGCUGCAGGAGUCCGUCGACUUCGGCAGAGUGUGUGUCCAGGAACAGGCGCCGAGUGGGACCCCGGUUCGGUUGGCGGAUCCGGACAGACGGGGUGAACUUUUCAUUCUGGAUGUCGUCCGGAUCUCAACUCUGGACAUUUUAUCCAGGAUUACUGGACCUGGGUUGCCAGAUCUGACUGACAGUUUCCGGCCCAAACAGAACCUAAAACCCGGUCAACUCCAAAAAAAAACUUUUAAAAAAACAAACAAAAAAACCAGCCCAAAUCUCAACUUCUGUAGAAACGCACAUUAAUAUUAGCGUGUAUAUCUCUGUCUCGCCCUCACUACGGCUAGUCAGGAAAAAAGCAGCACAUUUCCACCAAAAAAAUCAUAAAUUUUCAUAUUUUCCUAGUAAAUUUUUGAGAUUAUUCUAAAAGAUUUUCAGUUUCAAAAGUUGAACAUUUUUACUUUCACCUAUUAGCUAAAGAUUUAGCUCCAAGCUAAAUUUCACCUAUUAGCUAAAGAUUUAGCUCCAAGCUACAUAAAUUGUGGCUUGCUUGCUAAAUAUUUAACUUGUUAACAAAAACAUUAGCUUGCUAAUUAUCUAGUUUGGAGCUAAAUAUUUAUCCUGCUAACUAAACAUUUAGUUGGCUAA